AUGGGGGACACAAGAGACAUCUGCCCUCACCUGGAUUCCAUAGGAGAGGUGACCCGGGAUGAUCUGCUGCUCAAAUCCAAGGGAACUUGCCAGUCUUGUGGAGCUGUGGGACCAAAUCUCUGGGCUUGUCUUCAGAUUGGUUGUCCGUAUGUUGGCUGUGGGGAGUCCUUUGCUGACCACAGCACCCUUCAUGCACAGGCCAAAAAGCACAACCUGACGGUGAAUCUGACCACGUUCCGCGUCUGGUGUUACGCGUGCGAAAAGGAGGUGUUCCUGGACCAGCGGCUGGCAACGCACACCCAGUCCCCGCCAGUGAAGUUCACUGAACCGGAUUCUCCAUUGCCUGCUCACCCUCUGAAAGCUGUUCCAAUUGCAGUGGCUGAUGAAGGCGAAUCUGAAUCAGAGGACGAUGAUUUGAAACCAAGAGGCCUUACUGGAAUGAAAAAUCUUGGGAACUCCUGCUACAUGAAUGCAGCACUUCAGGCUCUCUCUAACUGCCCGCCUCUCACACAGUUUUUUCUGGAGUGUGGUGGACUGGUCCGUACGGAUAAGAAACCAGCACUGUGCAAAAGUUACCAGAAGUUGGUGUCUGAGGUUUGGCAUAAGAAACGCCCGAGUUACGUUGUUCCCAGCAGCCUCUCCCACGGAAUUAAACUCGUCAACCCCAUGUUCCGAGGCUAUGCACAGCAGGACACUCAGGAGUUCCUGCGGUGCCUGAUGGAUCAGCUUCACGAAGAGCUGAAGGAACCAGUUGUAGCAGAGACGAGGGAUUUGGAUACCAAUGACCAGGACGACAAGCGAGAGGGUGACCGAAGUCCUUCGGAGGACGAGUUCCUCUCCUGUGACUCCAGCAGUGACAGGGGGGAAGAUGGUCAGAGCCGGACCACAGCGGGCAUGGGCAGCAGCUCCCUGGCAGAGACAGAGCUGUUGAUCCCGGAUGAAGCAGGGAGAGGGAUCUCCGAGAAGGAGAGGAUGAAGGACAGGAAGUUCUCCUGCGGCCAUCGGCGCAGCAACUCGGAGCAGGUGGAUGAGGAUGCAGAUGUUGACACUACCAUGAUGCCGGUUGAUGGCAGAGCCUCACCGGAGAUGCUGCCAGCUCCCCGUCCUGCCAGCCCGUGUCGGACACCAGAACCUGACAACGAUGCCUACGUGCGCUGCUCCUCGCGCCCCUGCAGUCCCGUCCACCAUGAAAUGCACUCCAAGCUCUCCAGCAGUCCUCCUCGCUCCAGUCCUGCCAGGCUCGGACCUUCCUACGUCCUCAAGAAAGCCCAGAUGCAGGCUUCUGGGAAAAAGAAGAAAGAGCUUCGUUACCGCAGUGUGAUUUCGGACAUCUUCGAUGGCUCCAUUCUCAGCCUGGUGCAGUGCCUCACCUGCGACAGAGUUUCUACAACAGUGGAGACGUUCCAGGACCUGUCGCUCCCGAUCCCAGGGAAGGAGGACUUGGCCAAGCUGCACUCUGCCAUCUACCAAAACGUGCCAGCUAAGACAGGGACAUGUGGGGACAACUACGCCUCGCAAGGCUGGAUCGCUUUCAUCAUGGAGUAUAUCCGGAGGUUUGUGGUGUCCUGUAUCCCUAGCUGGUUUUGGGGUCCUGUUGUGACGCUGGAGGACUGCCUUGCUGCCUUUUUUGCAGCAGAUGAGUUGAAGGGGGACAACAUGUACAGUUGUGAACGGUGUAAAAAACUGCGGAAUGGAGUGAAAUACUGCAAAGUCCUCCGGCUACCAGAGAUUCUUUGCAUCCACUUGAAGCGGUUCCGGCACGAGGUGAUGUACUCCUUCAAGAUCAACAGCCACGUCUCCUUCCCCUUGGAGGGGCUGGACCUGCGACCUUUCCUAGCCAAGGAGUGCGUCUCCCAGAUCACCACCUACGAUCUGCUGUCGGUCAUCUGCCACCACGGCACAGCGGGCAGUGGCCAUUACAUAGCCUACUGCCAGAACGUGAUCAACGGCCAGUGGUACGAGUUUGACGACCAGUACGUCACCGAAGUCCAUGAGACCGUGGUGCAGAAUGCAGAGGCCUAUGUCUUGUUCUACAGGAAAAGCAGUGAAGAAGCUGUGCGAGAGCGUCAGAAGGUUGUGUCCCUUGCCAGCAUGAAGGAGCACAGUUUACUCCAGUUCUACAUCUCUCGAGAGUGGCUCAAUAAAUUCAACACCUUUGCUGAGCCGGGUCCCAUCACCAAUCACACCUUUCUGUGCUCUCAUGGAGGGAUCCCUCCCAAUAAAUACCAUUACAUCGAUGACCUGGUUGUGAUCCUGCCCCAGAACGUGUGGGAAUACCUCUACAACAGAUUUGGGGGCGGCCCUGCUGUGAACCACCUGUACGUGUGCUCCAUUUGCCAAGUGGAGAUCGAAGCGCUGGCCAAACGCAGGAGAAUUGAAAUCGACACCUUCAUCAAGCUGAACAAGGCUUUCCAGGCCGAGGAGUCUCCCAGCGUCAUCUACUGUAUCAGCAUGCAGUGGUUCCGCGAGUGGGAAGCCUUUGUCAAGGGGAAGGAUAACGAGCCUCCCGGACCAAUUGACAACAGCAAGAUUGCUCUCACAAAAGCAGGCGGCCACGUGCAAGUCAAGCAGGGUGCUGAUUACGGGCAGAUUUCUGAGGAGACAUGGAUUUAUUUAAGCACACUGUAUGGAGGGGGCCCAGAGAUCGCCAUCAGACAGAAUGUGGCCCAGGCCCAAGAGCUGGAAAACCUCCACGGGGAGCAGAAGAUUGAAGCAGAGACGCGAGCUGUGUGA